AUGGAAGCCCCUAGUGUUCUCAACCUCGUCGUCUCCAUUGCUAUCCUAUUAGCAUGGACCUCUUACCGAUGGUUUGGUAAACUCUCGACGAACACCAAAGGCGAUCACUUUGCAACCACUGACACUAAGCCUGGCGGUCUGAGAGACGUUGUUGCCACCCUGGACGGCUCUGGAAAGGACUGCAUUGUCUUUUAUGGAUCACAGACCGGUACCGCCGAACAAUUCGCGUCAAAACUAGCCCACAAGGGCAAAACCAGAUUCGGCCUCCAGACUAUGGUAGCCGAUCUCGAGGAGUAUGACUUUAGCAACCUGGAUUCUAUUUCCAACAAGUUCGUCGUCUUCAUACUCGCUACCUAUGGAGAGGGAGAGCCCACCGAUAAUGCUGUUCAAUUCUACGAGUUCAUCACUCGCGACGACCACACCUUUUCUAAACCAGAUCCGCCAUUGCAAAACCUUAAAUACGCAGCAUUCGGUCUUGGAAACAAUACCUACGAACAUUACAAUGCCAUUGUGCGGAACACUGAUAUCGCUCUUGGGAGGUUGGGUGCCUCUCGGAUUGGGGACGUCGGCGAGGGCGAUGAUGGAUCCGGCACGACGGAAGAAGACUUUCUCGCUUGGAAAGAGUCUUUCUGGGCCGCUUUAUCGAAAAGACUGGGUCUCACUGACCGUGACAACGUUUACGAACCUUCUUUGAGCAUCACUGAGAGGGCCGAGAUGUCUGUCCAAGCCCCCGAGCCCAAGACCGUCUCUAUCACAACUGUUGUCGAAAAGAAGGCGAUUCCCAGCCAGGGGCACGAGUUCUUCGGCGUGACUACCAAUUAUCUUCUUGCUCUCCACCGGUCCAAGGCCGGCGAUGUCAGCCCAGGAGACAUUUGCCGGACAUAUGACAUAGGUGGGCCAAGGAACAGAUACAGCGGAAUCCGGGUUCCCAUUCACAUCCGCCAAUCCAACUUCAAGUUACCUCCAGAUUCUUCAAGACCAAUCAUCAUGAUUGGUCCCGGAACCGGUGUUGCCCCGUUCCGUGGUUUUCUCCAAGAGAAGGACAAACAGGCGAGGGACGGGGUUCCAGUGGGCAAGAUGUUGCUCUUUUUCGGAUGUAGGAACGCUCAGGAGGACUUCCUGUACAAGGCAGAGUUUGAGGCUUAUUCAGAGGCUCUUGGCGCUGGGUUCGAAUUUAUCACUCCUUUCUCUCGCCAAGGACCCAAACAGGUUUAUGCUCAGCACCGUCUGAGGGAACGGGCCGCCGAAGUCAACUCCCUUCUCGAAGAAAGCGGCUACCUGUAUGUUUGCGGCGAUGCUGCAAAUAUGGCUCGGGAAGUUCACAGCACCGUGGAAGAAAUCAUUGAGGAGCAGCGCCGCGUGCCCAAGUCGACAGCUCAGGAAAUCGUGACAAGCCUGAGAGCAGCGGGUAGAUAUCAGGAGGAUGUCUGGUAA